AGCGGAGAGAGGCGGGAAUCAACAAUAGCCUUCCUUGAAGAACUGUCUUUCCCAUUUGCUACCUGAAGUUAACAUUGUUUCCUGCUGGCAGAAUCAGGGACAUGGGAGCACUAACGGGAUGAGUGGGUGUUCCGGCGGGGAUGUGGUCAUUGACGGCCAAUGAGGACGAGAGCACCACUGCUCACUUCUUCCUUGGAGCUGGAGAUGAGGGGCUGGGCACUCGUGGAACAGGCAUGAGGACAGAAGAGAGUGACAGUGAGCUCCUGGAGGACGAGGAGGAUGAAGUGCCUCCUGAACCUCAAAUCAUCGUUGGCAUUUGUGCCAUGACCAAGAAAUCCAAGUCUAAGCCAAUGACCCAAAUCCUAGAGCGACUCUGCAGAUUUGACUACCUGACCGUUAUCAUCCUGGGAGAAGAUGUUAUUCUCAAUGAACCUGUGGAAAACUGGCCAUCCUGCCACUGCCUCAUCUCUUUUCACUCUAAAGGCUUUCCUCUGGACAAAGCUGUUGCUUACUCCAAGCUUCGAAAUCCCUUUCUUAUCAAUGAUCUGGCCAUGCAGUAUUACAUCCAAGAUAGGAGAGAGGUGUACCGGAUCCUGCAGGAAGAGGGUAUCGAUCUGCCUCGAUAUGCCGUGCUCAACCGUGACCCUGCCCGGCCAGAAGAGUGCAACUUGAUAGAAGGUGAAGACCAGGUAGAGGUCAAUGGAGCCAUCUUUCCUAAGCCCUUCGUGGAGAAGCCAGUGAGUGCAGAGGACCACAAUGUUUACAUCUAUUACCCCAGCUCUGCUGGAGGAGGAAGCCAGCGCCUCUUCCGUAAGAUUGGCAGCCGAAGCAGCGUUUACUCUCCUGAAAGCAGUGUCCGAAAGACGGGGUCAUACAUCUAUGAGGAGUUUAUGCCAACAGAUGGCACAGAUGUCAAGGUGUAUACAGUGGGGCCAGAUUAUGCCCAUGCUGAAGCUAGAAAAUCUCCAGCUUUGGAUGGAAAGGUUGAACGAGACAGUGAGGGGAAAGAGGUUCGAUAUCCAGUCAUGCUGACUGCCAUGGAAAAGCUGGUGGCCAGGAAGGUCUGCGUAGCUUUUAAGCAAACUGUUUGUGGAUUUGACCUUCUUCGUGCCAAUGGUCAUUCUUUUGUGUGUGAUGUCAAUGGCUUCAGUUUUGUCAAGAACUCAAUGAAGUACUAUGAUGACUGUGCCAAGAUUCUGGGAAACACCAUUAUGCGGGAACUUGCCCCACAGUUCCAGAUCCCAUGGUCCAUUCCCACAGAGGCUGAGGACAUUCCUAUCGUUCCCACCACAUCUGGCACUAUGAUGGAGCUUCGUUGUGUCAUUGCAAUUAUCCGUCAUGGGGAUCGUACCCCCAAACAGAAGAUGAAGAUGGAGGUGACACACCCAAGGUUUUUUACUCUAUUUGAAAAACAUGGUGGAUACAAGACAGGGAAAUUAAAACUCAAGCGACCUGAGCAGCUUCAGGAGGUCCUGGACAUCACAAGGCUGCUGUUGGCUGAACUAGAGAAAGAACCAAGUGGUGAGAUCGAGGAGAAGACUGGGAAGCUAGAGCAGCUGAAGUCCGUGUUGGAGAUGUAUGGUCACUUUUCAGGUAUCAACCGGAAGGUGCAGUUGACUUACUACCCUCAUGGAGUAAAAGCUUCUAAUGAGGGGCAAGAUUCACAGAGGGAGGCUCUUGCUCCAUCUUUGUUGCUGGUUCUGAAGUGGGGUGGAGAACUGACUCCUGAUGGCCGUGUUCAGGCUGAGGAGCUGGGGAGAGCUUUUCGCUGCAUGUACCCUGGAGGACAGGGUGACUAUGCUGGCUUCCCUGGUUGUGGGCUGCUUCGUCUCCAUAGCACUUUCCGCCAUGACCUCAAGAUCUAUGCCUCUGAUGAGGGCCGUGUCCAGAUGACUGCUGCUGCCUUUGCCAAGGGCCUCCUGGCUCUAGAAGGAGAGCUGACACCCAUUUUGGUACAAAUGGUGAAGAGUGCCAACAUGAAUGGUCUCCUGGACAGUGAUGGUGAUUCCUUGAGCAGCUGCCAGCACCGGGUGAAGGCUCGGCUGCACCACAUUUUGCAGCAGGAUGCACCCUUUGGCCCUGAAGACUAUGAUCAGCUGGCUCCUACAGGAAGCACUUCCCUCCUCAACUCCAUGACUAUCAUCCAGAAUCCUGUGAAAGUCUGUGAUCAGGUAUUUGCCCUGAUCGAAAACCUCACCCACCAGAUCCGUAAUCGGAUGCAGGACCCCAAGUCUGUAGACCUGCAGCUCUACCACAGUGAGACACUAGAGCUAAUGCUACAGCGUUGGAGCAAGCUGGAACGUGACUUUCGACAGAAGAGUGGGCGCUAUGAUAUCAGUAAGAUCCCUGACAUCUAUGACUGUGUCAAGUAUGAUGUGCAGCACAAUGGGAGUCUGGGACUUCAAGGCACAGCAGAGUUGCUUCGUCUGUCUAAGGCAUUGGCCGAUGUGGUCAUUCCUCAGGAGUACGGGAUCAGUCGGGAGGAGAAACUGGAAAUUGCUGUGGGCUUCUGUCUUCCACUAUUGCGGAAGAUACUACUUGACCUUCAGAGAACCCACGAGGAUGAGUCUGUCAACAAGCUGCAUCCCCUGUACUCCCGAGGAGUGCUCUCCCCAGGUCGCCACGUUCGAACACGGCUGUAUUUCACCAGUGAGAGUCACGUCCACUCUCUACUCAGUGUCUUCCGUUAUGGGGGACUUCUUGAUGAGACCCAGGAUGCACAAUGGCAGCGAGCUUUGGCUUAUCUUAGUGCCAUCUCAGAGCUCAACUACAUGACACAGAUUGUUAUCAUGCUUUAUGAGGACAACACACGGGACCCUUUAUCAGAGGAACGUUUCCAUGUGGAGCUGCACUUCAGCCCUGGAGUAAAAGGCUUUGAGGAAGAAGGCAGUGCCCCAACUGGCUAUGGUUUCCGUCCAGCCUCUUCUGAGAAUGAAGAGAUAAAAACAGACGAAGGAAGCACGGAGAACCUGUGCCCAAGGAAGGCACCAGAUGAGCCAGAUCGGGCUUUGCAGACCUCACCACAGCCUUCUGAGGGCCCUGGCCUUCCAAGAAGAUCACCCCUCAUCCGUAACCGAAAAGCUGGUUCCAUGGAGGUCAUGAACAUGCAGUGCACGGGGAACCUGGACCUGAUCCCCUUGAGGGGACGGCGCCGCCGGAGGUCAGGAGACCUCCCCCGGCCUUCCCCAGCCAUCGGCCUACAGCCCCGGGCUGUGUCCACCACCCACCUGGCAUCCUGCACACAGGUGCUGUCUGAGACUUCGUCUUCAAGGCCUGGUGGCUAUCGGCUCUUUUCAUCUUCACGGCCACCAGCAGAGAUGAAACAGAGUGGCCUAGGCUCACAGUGCACAGGGCUGUUCAGCACCACAGUGCUGGGUGGCUCCUCCAGUGCCCCGAAUCUUCAGGACUACGCGCGCAGCCAUGGCAAAAAGCUACCACCUGCCAGUCUGAAGCAUCGAGAUGAGCUCUUGUUUGUCCCGGCCGUAAAACGAUUUUCUGUGUCGUUUGCAAAGCAUCCGACUAACGGAUUUGAAGGGUGCUCCAUGGUACCUACCAUUUACCCACUGGAAACACUGCAUAAUGCCCUUUCUUUGCGUCAAGUGAGUGAAUUCUUAAGUAGAGUCUGCCAACGCCACACAGAUGCCCAGGCACAGGCAUCUGCAGCCCUCUUUGACUCUAUGCACAGCAACCAGGCCUCAGAUAGCCCAUUUUCCCCACCCCGUACUCUUCAUUCACCUCCCCUGCAACUUCGGCAGCGCUCUGAGAAGCCCCCUUGGUACAGCAGUGGCCCUUCCAGCACUGUGUCCAGUGCUGGUCCCUCCUCCCCUACUGCAGUGGAUGGCAACUCCCAUUUUGGCUUCAGUGAUCAAACCUCUCUAAAUGCACAUGUGAUGGAAGAAAGUCAAGGCCUUGGGCUGUUCCAGGAGAUGCAUGGAAAUGAAAUACUACAAGAGUUCCCCAUUGAAGGGCAACAAGAGCUUUCUGAACUACACCAGUCCCCACAGGAGCCACCUGUGGGAACCAGCCAGCCAAGAGGCCAGGAAGUUGUUGAGAAGGUCAGCCAGCCAUGCCAGGUGAUCCCUGAUAUCAGCCAGCCAUGCCAGAAGAACCAAGAUACUCUUACCCACACAUGCCCACCAUGCCAGAAGGCCAGCAAACUAUGCCAGAAAGACUCUAAGGAAGUUUGCCAGCUUUGCCACAAGAACCAUGAUGAUGUGAGCCAGCCGUGUUGGGGGAUUUCUGUGGAGGUUGGCGGCCUGGUCCAGGAAACCCUUGAGGAAGUUGGCAGGCCAAUCCAAGAGAUCCCUGAAGAGAUCAGCCAGCCAUGCCAGGAGUUCUCUGUAGAGGUUGCCAAGUUGGCCCAGGAGGCUUUUGCAAUCAAUCUUUUGUCUCAAGACAUCCCUGAGGUUGAUAAGCCAUGUCAGGAUCUCCCGGGGGAGACUGAUUUGCAGGCCCAGGAGAUCCCUGAGGAGGUUAGUCAGCAAUCUUGGGUGGUCCCUGAGGUGAUUGAUCAGCUGCCUAGAGAGGAUGCUCCCCAAAUGCAGUGUCUGUCUAGUGAUCUAAAGCCAGUCUCUAGCCCAUGACCAGCAUUCAUUCCUUCCACCAGCAACAUGUAAUUGAUCAUUUUCUCAUUAUUGGUGUCACAUUAUACCAGCUAUUUGAGUCAGAAACUUUUUGUGUUGGCUAACUCACUGAUCAGAGUGAGGCCUUGGCUCACAACAAAGGUGCCUGAGGAUGCAGUCCUCUUGGCAUGAAGCAUGCCUGUGCCAGGGCUGAGCUUGGGGAGGAGCUAGUUUCAUGUUCAAAGCAGCCACUGGCUUCUCACUUAGCCAUUAGACUUGAAUAUGAUUUCCUUGGGAUAGGCUGGUCUAUCGUUACCUAACCUACUCUGAUUAUCCCAGGAAAUCUCAGAUUGUUAACUGCUGAAGACACCACUGUGGACAGGAAAUGCAAAAUGGGGGACUCCAGGGUCUUUUCUUUUCUGGGGAAAUAUUCAAAACUUUUUCAAGGUACCUUAGACCAGAUGUGCAUUCAGGGGUUCACAACUUCUUAAGGUACCUUAGAUUAGAUGUGCAUUCAGGGGGACUCUAGUCUUUUAAUCUCAGGUGGGCCCUGGAUGGCCAUCUGAAAUGUCUGGAAAAUAGAGUUCCUUUCCCAAACAUUGUCAUGGCCACUAUUCUUCAGACUGGGCUUAUAGGUAUUUCCAUAUCAUCUCCAAGUGAUCCCUGUACCACAGUUCUCCUCCUCUGGGCAAUUAUUUUAGGAAAAAAUAGGUAUUAGACUGCUGUGCAACUUCAGAGUAACUACUUAAAAUGCUCUGGAGGAGUUUUGGCCAAUCUGUGAAGCUGGGCCUCCUUUUGUUGUGGGGCUAUUUGGCUUAGGAGAUGCUGUAGUAGAGAAUCAGGUUCUAUUUUAAGCAAUUAACAGAGAUCAAUAUUGUACAGACAUGAGCAAAGAUUUUAUAUAUAUAUAUAUAU